AAAGUCGACUCAAUGGAUAGAGAUGGCCGAACGCCAUUAUCAUAUGCUGUUUGGGAUGGUAAUGUGGCCGUCGUCAAGCUGCUUCUUAAGGCGGGGGCGCGGGUAGAUCUAAAGGAUCAGAUUGGAGGCACGCCGUUAACUUAUGCUGUUGCUUACGGACGGGAGGAGGUAAUUAAGCUACUGCUUAAGAGAGACCACCGGGUCGAUUUAGAGCAAAAUCUUAGCAAGACGCUCCUGCUCUCCGCUGCGAGGAAGGGUCACGAGGCAGUUGUUCGGUUACUGCUUGAGACAGGAGAGGUCGACGCCGACUUGAAGAAUUACGACGACCAACGGACGCCGCUCUCGCAUGCGUCAGAGAACGGGAACGAAGCUGUAGUUAAGCUGCUGCUCGAGACAGGC